AUGCCGUCUCCUGCGACACCCAAACGCCCCUCCAACAGUGGAGGCACUGCGAAGGCCAAGUCACUGGACAUUGGAGAGCCCUUGGGCGUCCACGAUACAAACACCGUUCGCUCUCGAGUACGGAAAUGGCAACAACAAGGCGGCGGAGUGAUCACGGUCGAUGACGUCUGCGCAGAAGAAGAUGAAAAUGCCACGAAGCCCAAACCGAAGCCAGCCAAAGCCAAACCAGAAAAGCUAGAGCGACCGAAGGAAACCCCGCCCGCGGUAAGGAAGCGCAGCCACAGUACGCCGCGCAAACGAGUGAUUAGCGACGAACACUGGAAAAAGACACGAAAUCGAGCCUCGACGCAAUCUUCGUCACGUAACCUACCUCCGCCCAAGCGCAUUUCCGAAUAUACCACGAAUGAUGGACAGCCGAGAGCCUCGCGAUCGAGACGCAACGACAGCGAAGAUGAGCGAGACGUUCCUCGACUCUCAAAGCGAAGCUCUGGGGCGGGCCCCAGAUCUCCAGUUCGAGACUCGAUGCCCAGCACUCGCAAUAUCCACAUAAUCACCGAGAGCGACUACGAGACAGACAGCGGCAAGCCCGGGGCGGCCUCAGAGCUUUCGGAUAGGCACAGGAACCGAUCGCCUCCCCCGCAGAUGCGUGGGCAGCGAGCGAAGCAGACUUCUCCGAGUUGUCAAAGAGGCGUGCUCGCGAAGAUGUUUGGGAAGCCUGAGCCAGAACCACCCAGACCUACGCCGACUCCAACCGCAGGCCGUGGAGCCAAAAUUGAGGCGUGGCUGUCUGAGACACCAGACCCCUUUCUGGACGAAGUCGAGAACAAAAGUGAUCUGCCAGCCCCAUUGGAUCUGAAGUCAGGCCGAGCAAGGCGGUCGAAAAGACUUGCAGAUGGAGAGCUACAGACUGGCACUGAGUCUGAACCAUCUGUGAUCAGUGAUUCUCGCCCGAAGAGCGCCGUGAGUCGACACUCGAAAGGCAAGGAGAGCAUUUCUUCGACCGACAAGUCAUCCAAGUCCCAAGAGCCUGAAACAGGCGAGGGAUCAAACCGAUCAAGUAUAGACAAGAGCUCAAAGUCAUCUACUAAGAUCAAGGAAGAGAAGCCGAUUCAGGACAAGCCGUUCGAAGAAAGCAUCGCACCCUCAGAAUCCGAGACCCAGCUCUUGUCAGAAGAAUCAGAAGUUUCGGGCCAUAAUGCACCUGUGCCACUUGGAAACAGCAAACCUUUCCCUAGUACUGGUUAUCAUAGACUGUCGACAAUCGCCUCGGUUGAAACUCUCAGCACUACUGUUACGGAUGGAGCUGCACCCGCACCCAAAAAGGGAACGAACGACAAACACCAGUCGAAGAUCGUUGAGGAAGCAGAAGAAGCAGAAGAAGCAGAGAAGGAUGACCAGUUUGAUCCUGAAUCCCUCCCUGUCGUGUCGUCCCAGUUGAAACGACGACUCACAAAUCAUAAUGAUCUGAUGUCUGUUUUGUCCAUUUCGACAUCCCGAAGGGGAAGCACUCGAUCUAAUCGCAGUAUCCGUACCAAUAAGAGUCGAUUGGCACACGCCACCGUUGACGAUCUGCUUCAAGAGCUCGUGGGUGACGAGACAAAGUACAUGCGGGAACUGAAGACAUUGGUCGGAGGUGUCAUUCCAGUACUUCUGACUUGUGUGCUCUCUAGAUCUGACUCUGCAAUUGCUGCAGGUCUUUUCCGCCCGUCUCUGGACCCCGAAGAUGAUGUGAACUUCUCAAAGCCCAUUGUCAACAUGGGUGUUGCAAUUGAGCGCUUGAAGAACCUGCACAAGCGGAUCCCUCAAGAUAACGCGGAUGCACUGCUUACCUGGGCACAAGGUGCCCAGAGAGUUUAUCGCGAGUACCUGAAGGCAUGGCGACUUGGUUUCAAAGAUGUCAUUGUCAAUCUCGCUCCCCUUGAAGAGGACGAGUCCUCUCAAAACGCGGACACAAAGAGCCUAGACGAAGGCCUGGAGCGGGACGAGAAUGGCGAUAUCAUCGAUAGCAACGGAGAAAAAGUCGAUGUCGCCUAUCUCCUGAAGCGGCCUCUAGUGCGACUCAAGUACUUGGCUAAGAGCUUCAAGGGCAUUAACCUGCUGGCACCAUCCACCAAGGCCGAGGAAAUGGCCACAGCUUACCAGAGUCUUGUCUACGAUGCUCGAAAACGUGUUCGAGACGAACGAUCGAGAUUGGAAGAUGACUCUGCUGCUAGUAUUGAUCCAACCCGUACUAGGGACCCCAUGACGUUGGGUGUCCUCCGAGGUAUAGCUAUUGAUCAGACUCGCCAUGUUCGAGCGCGCGAUUUCUUCAACCUAUCUCUAUACCACUCUAGUGGUCAGCUGGUGGACUGCCGGGCCGAGCUGUUAUACCGAGACAACCCUUCAAGCAAAGGACCCGGAGGUGAUCUACUCAUUUGUGAGAUUGACCACUCCGAUCGUUGGUUGCUUUUCCCUCCUAUGGAUGUGCGAUGUGUCUCAGCUCGCAGGGGGGAAUCCAGGCAAGAGAUUGUGAUCAUGCUGCGUAGUGCUCCUGGGGAUACGACCAAGUACUGGCAAGAACUGAUCUCACUCCGCAUUGACGAAGAAGAAGUCGGAGCUGAGUGGGUACAAUUGCUUGGUUCGGACCCUAUUCCACCGUCAAUCUGCCGAAGUCAAAGCUUCAUCAGUCGAGCUAAGCAGAAUAAGGCCCGCAAGCCUACCGCCAGUGGCUCACCCCCUAGGUCCAAUUACAAUGACGUUGAUGUUCCGAUCGGCGAGAAGGCCACUGGACGACGUCGCUCAUUGACUCCAAAGGAACAUUUCUCGGAGCCCAGUACUGUCAGCUCUGCUACCGACGCAAGAAGCUCUUUGUACUCUACCGCCACCCGAGAGACUGACUACACCACCGGAGGAUCAGAUUUGUCCGCAAAGCCAUCCCGGCCUGAUCUGCCUCUACUUCCUUCUACUGAUCCUCGGAACUCGCCUACUAGCCCCGAGAAAUCGUCCGCGGGACUCAAACGAUCCAAAGCCAAGAGAUUUUCGCGCUAUGGCGAAAUCCCAGCUUCGGAGACUGCAUCCCAACAGACUGUUGUAUCCGACAAGCCUGAUGACAGCACUGUUGCAUCUUCACCAGCAGCUACACCCGCACCGAGCACCCCAGCGGCUAUUACGCCAACAGCCAGCAGAUUCUACGGUGGUGAGAUGACUGAUUCUGCGGACGCUCGCUCUCCAAGUCAAAAACCCUCGAGAAUCCCUCAGAAAACCCCACAGAAGUCACCGCAGAAGACACCUGCUAGAGAGUCGCCCGAACCCGAAUCACCAAGGGUAUCAUCUGUGCCGUCAGCCGUUCUUCCUUUGAUCCCCAAGAUCCGAACUCCCAGUAGUCAGACCCAUCUGUCUACCCCAACAACUGUUGAUGACGACGAGGAAGAUUAUCCUCCACUGGAUGCGCUCCCAGAGCGCGAAAUUCCAGAAACACCCACAAGAUCCAAGAGGAAGAAGUCUCGCAGGAGACACAAGUCAUCCGAUGACAGUCCUCCGCCUCCCCCACCUCAUCGCUCACCCAGCCCUUCCACUGGCAAGCGUUCCAGUACUCCAGUCCUCACUUCUAGCAGUGGUGGACUCAAACGUCGUGGCUCCUCUCCGCUGAAGCACGAAUAUGAGCCUUCAACCGCUUCGGACUACACAGAGACCGAUUCAGAUGCGUCAACCGUCCGACACUACUCCUACUCCUCGUCUGAGUACUCUCGAUCCGCUGGGUCGUCCGAUUCGGAGGACGACUAUUCAUCCGUGUCUGAUGAAGAUGAAGAUUAUCAAGACACCCCCAAGGCUAGAGCGGCUGAAUCGACUCUUGAAGGCAGCUCUCUCUCGCCCUCUAACUCUGCUUCACAAGGAGGAUACCGUGCCGUGCCACUGCAGCCAACCAAGACAUCCAAAACAGUUGCAGGUGUUUUCGCCUGGUCCGAAAAAGGAAGCUGGGAGACUCUGCUUCCUGAGGAUUGUGAUAUUAUUGUCAGCCCUGGUCUAAUUGAAGCCUUCAAGAUGGGAUCUGAUCCCAAUUCCUCAUCAAGGCCGCUGAUUUCUCUCGAACUUACGCCACUCGUUCCGAUUCGUCGUGGCACUGCCAUCGACAUCAGCAUUCGCUCUCCCCCCACUGAGCGGUCCAAGAUCACAACCAGUAAUAACAUCAUGUUCCGCUCGCACAGCCCCGAUGACUGCGAUGCACUCUACGGCCUGAUCAACCAAGCAAGAAUCAACAACCCGACCUACAUUGCUCUCCAAAACGCCCGUGGACCAUUCACCGGCCACCCCGUUGCAUCCUUCGAGCCUGCCACGAAGAACGGUGGAGGCCUCUUCGGCUGGCCCCGCCGCAGAAAGAGCUACCGCGCCUCAAGCUCCCCCGCUCUCUGGCCGAAGGAUCCGAAAGCAGUCAAGAUGUUCAACAUCUCCCGUUCGACAAUCGAAUCCCGCGCCGGCCGUGAAGACAGCCUCCACUCCGGCUCCGGCGAUUCUGGCACCAACCCAUCCCCCAAUUCAGGAAUCGGCCGUAUCGCAGCAGCAAUCAAGGGUGCAGACGGUAUCGGACUCUCGAACGCCAAGAUCCGCCUGUACGCCCGUGAAUCCGCCUCCAAAUGGCGCGACAUGGGCGCCGCCCGCAUGACCAUCAUGCCCGCCCCGCCCAAAUCCCCCUCUCGCCCAGGUACAGCCGUCAGUGGCCGCAGCGAUAGCAGUAUACAGAGGGGUGAUACCGACGGCGCGAGCGGUAGCUCCCCACCCGCCUCAGGGGCAGCAUCUCCACGCCGCGGCGUUGAGACCGAGAAACGCAUUGUCAUUCGGGGCAAGACUCGCGGCGAGACUCUAUUAGAUGUCUGUCUAGGCGAGAGUGCCUUUGAGCGCAUUGCUCGUACGGGCAUUGCCAUUUCCAUUCGCGAAGAGAAUGAAGACGGAUCCGUGGCGAAGAAGGGUGGUGUUGCGACGGGUUCUGGCAAGAUUUUCAUGAUUCAAAUGAAGAGUGAAGCCGAGGCGGCUUAUACCUUUGGGCUUGUUGGCAAGCUUAGGUAUUAG